CGUGCCGAGUUUUAUUUAAGCGGGCUAUCGUGCCGUGCUGGAGCCGGCCCUGUCUGAUUGACACUUCUACUUGGAACUGCAUCAUCCACAUCCAUGGGUUCUGAUAUUUUUUAAAGACGAGGGUGGUGUACGGCGGACAGCACCCCGGUGGCAAGACAAGGAAGUGGGGUUUGAGGGUUGGGGAGGUUGGGGUUAGAGUUUGAGGAGAGAAUAAGAGAAAUUGGGUGGGAAACUGAAAUCCUGGGUCAACACGGCUCAACAUUUUAUAUUAUCUGGGGAUGAGAGACCGGAUAAGGAUAGGAGAAAUUCAAUUCCUAAUCAGAGGAGGCAAAAGAUUGCACGAAUACGCUCUGUUCGGAAAGUGUCUAUUUUCUCGCCUGUUUUCGAAUGUUUUGUCUUUAUGUUAUUUUCUUACGCCUGUUUGGAAAGCGCUUCGGUUUCAUCCUAACCCUAACACUUUGAGCCCCCCAAGUUGGUUUAUGUAAAUCUGCCUGUUUCGACCACCAAGUUGCCCCAGAGAACCCACUUCCAAUUGCUUAUGAAGAUUGCUGGGAUGCUUUUCAAUGGGUUGCUGAUGCACUGAACAACUUUUCAUAAAAUUAGUUGAUAGCCUUUGCCACAUUGCUAAAACCUUGUCCUUAUUAGUAUUGAUGCUUGGGGAAACUGGUAUUGGAGUUGAGUGAACUAUCAUUUUUAGAACUUACUUUUGGAAUUUGAAAGCCACUCGGCGUAUUUCUACAGCUGCUAUUAUUUAAUUUUGUUCAUCUAUUUAUUCUUUUGCAGGAUGGGGCAUUAAUAUUAACUGAGUCACUGUUCAAUGGGACUGAAGAUCUUGUAAAACUUAUCUUAUUGCGGAGUGACAUCUAUUUAUGUUCUCAAACUAAGCACUGAUUCAUCUAUGAUUUGUGGCAUUCUUGAGCUGAACCUUUCAGGAAAUCCUAUUAUGCAAGAGGGUAGCAAUGUGUUAUCGUCAAUGCUUUCAAAUUCACAGUGUUGUCUGAAAGUUUUGGUCCUUCAGAGGUGUGAGCUUGGAGUUGCUGGAGUUCUUCGAAUCAGUUUUCUUGAGGAGCUCAAUCUUGCUGAUAAUGCCAAUCUCUGGCGGUAUCGGUAUCCAAGGAAGUUAAUCCUGCUCAACAGGGUUCAGCAACUCGGCUUGAACUUGGUGAUAGUGAAGAUGAUGAAGUUAGAGUUGAAGCUGCUGCAUCUGGUGUCGAUGACAGCUGCGUAAGCAUAUGCCAAAGAAAAUCCUUGUCUGCUGAGUUCCAGUUUAUUUGCUUUCAACUGCCAUUGGUAUGGCAAAUAAUUUGCGAUUUCUUGACCUUAGCAGUAAUGUUUUUUCACAGAAAGUGCAGAGGUAUUGUAUUCUGCAUAGUCAAGAUCAAGAUAUGGUUCAGCUCGGAAGCAUAUCAAGGACCAGACAAUCCAUUUGUUCUUAAGAGGGAAUGAAAUGUUGUGUGAAACCCUGCUGCAGAAAGGAUUAAUUUUCUUGCUUUGCUGCUACAAUAUCGUCAUCCAAGGGAAAUCACAAACAGUUUUGCCAAAGCAGCAGGGCUUGGUUUUUUUCUUGCUUUCUUUGUUUUUCUUGGUUAUUUUUUGUUUAACACGUAACUUAUCAGACAAUAUUUUGAUGAUGCAAGCAAAAGUCUA